AUGCUUGGCCUCGCACUGCUGUCUGCCCUGAUUUUGAGCUGCAUAGCCGGGCCUGUGAUUCAGAAUGAAUCAACAGCACAAGAAAGGACUUCUAAGUUGCUCGUCACUGAUUACGCAAUUGAUAUCUCUACCUUACUUCCACUUACGGUGUUCCAGUGUUUCCAUCAGAACACCUACAAAAUCGUCUUCAUUAGGGCCUAUCAUCCAUAUGGUCAGGGACAAGUUGACCAGAGUGCGAUCGACAAUAUCCGAAAUGCCGAUUCUGGUAGGGACUGGCAUAAACAAGAGAUUCGAAAUCUCAAUUUUCUGCGUCACAAUGAUCAAUCAGAGAAGACGCCUGAACUGUCAGCUGAUUCAUUUCAUUCAGCUGGUCUCGGGAUCGAAGCCUACAUGGUUCCUGAACCGAAAUCCAACAAAACCGGUACAGUGCAAUUCAACGAGAUGUACGACCACCUAAAAAACUCAUUUAUUUAUUUGAACUCAGUGUGGAUCCAGGUUUCGGCACCUUCCACUUGGUUGCCAGCUCCAAGCGACAACAUUGCUUUCCUCAACGACAUUCUUCUGAGAGCCAGCAUGGACGGGCUCAAAGUCGGUAUCUAUACGAACAACGAUGACUGGAGCCGGAUUACUGGUGGAGCCCGAAUUAACAACGCCAUGCUUUGGUACUGGAGUGUGAAGGGCGUCGGUGCAUCAAACAUGACUCCAGCCAACUUCAAUGACUUCAGCGCUUUUGGUGGAUGGACGGCGCCAUCAGUGAAGCAGUUUGUCCAGGCUGAUACCUUAUGCGGCGUCACCUUGAACAGGAAUGUUUACGACACCCAAAUACCUGUAGGCGUGGAAGUGGCCAACAAGGAGAAAUCUGGGCGAAUUACUGUCGGAGGCCUCGGACUGGCAGAAUCUACUUUCGGUGGAAGGCCGUUAAUCACAUGUGAA